UUAUAUAGUGUUUCUUGAUGCUUAUCCUAUAUCUAAAAGUAAUUCAUAUGUAUGUGAGGCCGACGAACAAUUGGAAAAUGCUGAAGCGCAUACAAAAGACGUUAUAAACAAUCUUUUAAAUGAAGAUAAAAAUACUUAUUUAAGAGGCGAUGUACUACAAAAUCCAUUUGAUAACAAUAAGUCAGGAAUCUUUAACAAAAAACAUGUUAAUUUUAAAAGAGACCUGAAUUCAAAGGAGAUUGAUUUUAUUGGAUUCAAAAAGUCAGAGAAUCUCUGUAAAAUGAAUAAAUUCCAUAGUUUAAUAAAAACGUAUAAGUGCAAUAAUGACAAAACUAACAUUGUUAAAGAAAAAGGUUUCAAAAACAAAUAUGAUGUGAAUGAGAAAACGUCUUUAAAUCCGGCAACCGUUUCAACUAUGGACGAUAAACCUAUAUUGCAUAAUGAUUUAUAUAUGGACUCUACUAGAUAUGAAACAGAACUUGCAACUACGGCUGUGAUGGAAAUAAUUCUUAAUGAAAUUAAACAGAGAGAAAUUCAAACAAUAGCAGAUCACUUACCAUCUUUUUCAAACCUUAUAAAAAAUGCAGUUACUGAAAUAACUUUUUCGACUAUGCCGUUAGUAAGCGAAUCGAAUGUUUCCCCUAACUUAAUUUCCGUCGACGAUAUUGGCAAAAAUAGAUUCAGCCCCACUUUCGAAGGUAUUCAAGUUCAUAAUUCUAAGUUACGUAAUAUAUUGCGUCGUUCUAUAAAGCAGGAUACUUCUACCUUAGCAAAUGAUGUUGAAAAUUUUUUACAAAACAAAAUAAAGAAAGUUUAUAAUCAAAUUAAAAAUAAAUUUUCUAAAGAUAUUAGAAAUGAUAUGAAUAAAAAAACCUCCACUGUUAAGAAGCAACUGGACAAAAUAACCUCUAAAAAAAUGAAUACGACGCAACAUACAAGAAACACUAAAUUUAAAAAUUCAUUUGCUACUAAUGCGAAAAUUGUUAAAAUUCAUAAUAAUUCUACACCAAGUGAAGUACGUAAAAGUCGUAAAACAUUAUUUGAUCAACGAAACCAACAGAUUGAAUCUAUAGAUUCAACAACACAUAUAAUACCAUCGAUAGGGGAUGAUGUUUCAAUGCUUGCGAUUCUUGAAAACAUAUUAGAAAAAUCACAGCAAGAUAACGAGUUGAUUUUGAAUACAUUGAGUUAUGUAACGAAAAAUAAUAAACAAGAAAAACCUAAAAGAGAUUCUCCACAUGGGACUUCCAAAAGGGAUAUUCAGCAAGAAUUAAACAACAAUGAAGAUGGUUUGUAUACAGAGUAUACUCAUUGGAAAAACAACAAAAACAAUAGCAUAAAACUUUUUGCAACCCCGAAAAAUGGUAAAAGAAACAAUGAGAUCAGCACGGAAGAUACAAGUUAUCAAGGUCUAAGUAAUAAGAUCUCCUACAAUGAUUAUGUGAAUGGUUAUAAAUACUAUUUAAACUUCCAAAGAGACAAUGACGAUCAGAAAUAUUCUAGUCAAAUACGCUAUCAGGCUCACAAGCAUCACAAUGUUGAUGACAUAGGAAAGUUUAUCUUGGAUAAAAUUCCACACUUACCAGCAACUAGAAUGCGGAGAGAACUUGUUGAUUAUGAAACUUUAGAAGAUCAAGAUGUGUCUACUAAAAGUGAAGAAUCUUGGUUUAAGAAACAUUUUUUUAUGUUCAUAGAUUCAAACCCACCUAAAAAAUUUCAUACAUCGCAAAUUGUACCACUCAAACCUUCUGAAGUACAUAAUAUGAAAUAUAAUAAUUCCGUUUUAAGUACAAAGCAAACAUUUGAAAAAAAUGAAUCGUCAUUGCCAAUACAGCAACGUAAAAGUAAAUUCGUCAAGAGAUUUGAUUACAAUUACUUAAAGGGUGACUGUAAACAACAAAAAAAUCUACGAAAAAUUAAUAAAAGGUCCAACAUAGAAAACCAUAAUAAGCAAAAACCGGGAUUGUCGAUUAAUUUUGAUCAUAGAAAAAAUGGUUUUGUUGAUAUAGAUUUUAUUAAUAAGCCAACCGCUAUUAUAAAAUUGAAUAAUAAAAAUAAAAAAGAACACAAGUUGCGUAACAUUUUUCGCAAAAUACGAUUUGGUCAUGGCAAAAUAAAGAAGAAAGAGAAACGGGAAAAUCAAAAUAUGUUUAAAAUUUUUAAUGGACUAAAAAAUAUAUUUAAAGACAAAGAUACCAGUAAAGGUUCAAUGAUUCACAAGAUAUUUGAUUAUGAAAUUUUGACAACCAGUAAUCACAUAGAGCAACCUUAUGGAGUUAAAAAAAAUAGUGAAGUCUUAAAGACUGAUGAGUUACAACUGCAAAUCCCUAAUAUAACCGAUAGUGAAAAUUUCUUGAAGUUAAAUGAUUUUAACUUGAUUAGUUCAGAUAGAAGACAAGGAAAAUUUUUACCACAUAGCAAAAAACCUGAAUUAAGCUAUGAAACAAAAGAUUAUUUAAUUUCUUAUGCAAAUAAGAAGAAAAAUAAUGAUAUUGGUAAUCAACAGAUAGGUACAACAACUGACACAUUAUUUCACAGUCUUGAUAUGAAUACUAUAUCUUAUGCAUUUUCAACAGCCAUGACUAAAAAUAAUAUACAAAAUGAAAUCGAUGAGAUGGCACUAAGAUUAUUGAAAUUAGGUAAAAACAAAGAUAUACAAAAAACAACCGAUGAAGGAAAAAAGAAAGAGUCUUUUAAUUAUGAUGAUUCUCACGGUAAAUCUUUAAAAGAUUACCAAAUAGAGAGGCCUCUUAUUCAUAAUAUAUUAGACACUGAUAAAUAUGAUGAAAAAAUAACCUCAACUAAUGUUAAUGACUUGGAUGGAAUGGUUUUGUCAAAGUUAAAUACAAAAAACGGUGACUUACUUUUCUUUAAAUCGAAGUUUUCUCCAGUGAUAUUAUCUACUUUGAGUUCUUUAAAUUAUGAUAAUCUUGCUUUCGGUUUAAAAAAAAACACAAAAGAUAAUUAA